UCUGUCUCAGCAGAGAAAACCACAGCACUGCUGGCAAAGAGGAAGGAGGAGGGUCUUCCUUGGUGUGACCAUGAACUGAUCAGAGAGCAGCUCUAACAUCAGCACAGUGUCAGGAUGGAGGAAACGUCUCUGCUGUCACUGCUCUAGGAAACGACACCACCACAGCCAAAGAGGAAGGAGGAGGGUCUUACUUGAUGUGUCCAUGAACUGAUCAGAGAGCAGCUCUAACGUCAGCACAGUGUCAGGAUGGAGGAAACGUCUCUGCUGUCACUGCUCUUUGUGAGCUCACUGCUGAUCUGCUCAACAAACCAAGCUCGUCUGACUGUGAGUCCCAGCAGAUCACAGAUGUUUGAAGGAGACUCUGUCUCUCUGAGCUGUGAGGAGGACGACAGCUCUGCUGGAUGGAGGCUGUGGAGGACGACAACCAAACAAACCAGAGCUGAGUGUGGAGCUGAGUGGGGAAAAUCAUCUGGUUCUUCCUGUAUCAUCAGCUACACUCUCCCCUGGGACAGUGGAGUUUACUGGUGUGAGUCCAGAGAGGGAGCAACCAGUAACAUCAUCAGCAUCACUGUCACUGGUGGAUCAGUGAUCCUGCAGAGUCCUGUCCUCCCUGUGAUGGAGGGACAUGAUGUCACUCUGCACUGUAAAACAAAGACCACUCCCUCCAACCUCCCAGCUGCUUUCUAUAAAGAUGGCUCCCUCAUCAGGACUGAGCCUACAGGUCACAUGACCAUCCACCAUGUUACCAAGUCUGAUGAAGGCCUCUACAAGUGUAUCAGCAGUCAUGGAGAGUCUCCACCCAGCUGGAUCACUGUCACAGAAAAACCUACAACCACAAACCUGCCGACCACAACUACCCCCGACUCCUGGCCCUACCACAGCCCAACUGACCUCUGGAGCCCCCCGUCCUGCCUCAGCCCUCCUCCACCUUGUGUUCAUAUUGUUCCUCCACCUGGUGGUGUUGUGUCCGUCCUUCAUCUCCACUGUCCUCAUGGUGUCUUUAUAUCGACACAGACCCACAGGAAACCACCUGCCCAUCUCCAUGGUGAUGACCCCGCCCACCCAGGCUGAGCAGGGAUUGGAUGAUGACUAUGAUGAUGUCACCACAGAGCAUCACUUCUGACCUGAUCCAGUGUCUUCAGUGUCUUAAACACACGUCUUUUUAAACGGAGCUAAAAUGUUUGAAUCGUCCUCAAAUAAAAAUCACAUUUUAGUCGUUCAUCAGAAAAACUCGACGUUUAAAGUUGAAUAACUUGAUAUUAGUAAAUUUUCUAUAUUUACAUAAAGUUAAUGACAAUCUUCAGUUGUUUGUAGACAAAGAAGAAUUUCAGCAGUGUCCCAGUUUCAGUAGAAACCUCUAUCCUCUCUGCACCGGGUCAAUACUCAUCAGGUUUAUGUCUCUUUUCUAAACUUUUUUCUUUCCUUUGGUUUCAUCAGUUAAACUGUUUCUAUUCUUUUGAUUUGGAUUCUAAUAUUUUUUUGACCUUUUGAAAUGUUUCUAAUGCAUUAUAUGAAGCAUCGUGUCAGGAUUUUAAAAUAAAUGUGUUUUCUGGUUUUUAAUAA